AUCUACGCUGUCAUGUUACGUGUGUAGUUAUCUAUCGUUGCUGGCUCGGUGGUAGCUGAGUCGGUGCUUGGAAGUAGCUUGUUUUUAACUCUUAAUGGCUAGAAACGCGCUCUGGUUGUAAUGUUUACGUAGACCAGAAAACAGAAAUGGGCGGGACUGGGAAUGUACGAACAUUAGCCUGGAAUAAGUCCGCUUAGGUAACUGCUGAACGCACUAGCAGCAGCGUAGCUAGCUCCUCCGGCUGACUGAAGGAUGGCAUCUCCAUUCAAAAUCCCCAAGAAGAAACAUCCUGCAGGGUCUGACUCCACUGAGAUGAAGAUGCAUUCUCCUCUGUCCCGCCUCCAGGACUCUGCCCCACAGUCCAAGAUGGGUUUUGGCGACUCCAGCAGAGUAGGAGGAGGAGGAGAAGGCCGGAUGCAUGCUGGGAACAAGCUCAGCUCCACCAAAGACAAACAGAGCACACCAUGUAAACCUCUGUUCAGAGACGUGGUGAAAACCUUGCUGGGACUCAAUAGCCCGAACACAGGUGGAUCUUCAACAACCAAUCAACCAUCUCCAGGAAGAUCGAUCCACCAGAGUCAUACAGGCCGGAGGUCGUCCUCAGAUUGUUUGUCAAAAGGAUGGCGACCCAAGCGAGCUUCAGACCGACUGCUGCAACCUGAAGGAGCCUCAGACGACCUUUGUCCUCCACACAAAAAAAUUGAGCUCAAUGGUUCCUCUUCAUCAACCAAAAGCAUCUCUGUGCUGUCGGUGGACUCUCUGGCUGAUCUGCGAGGAGAGAAGCCUGUUGGGAGUGUGAGUCUGUCCCCACUGAGAGUGGGAAUGUGGAGUAGAGGCAGGUCCAACGCUGAGGCCAAGAGCGACUGUUCUGAAUCUCCCCAGAAGAAAAACUUGUAUCUCUCCAGUUCAGAUCAAUCCUCGGAGGAUGACUUUGUGUCUGUGCGUGGAACUACAAAUAAAUCCCCGGCAGGUAACCCCCUUCCCCGCAGAUCCUCCUCUUCCCCCUCUGCUUCUUCGGUUAAGCCGCAGACCAAACACACUCUAGACAGGACAUUGUGGCUUAGUGCCUGUAACAACCUGACAGAGGAUUUGAGGGAGAAAGAGAGACAAAGAUGGAAGGACUUCAGAGACAGGAAGAUGUCCAAUAGGUCGGCUGUCCUCGGACUCCGACUGAAGAAAUCUCGCCCUUCUCAAACAGAACCCAUUGUGCUGUCAAGUGAAGAGGAGGAGGAGGACAGUGGACGUGGGGCUAAGAGGACGUCACAGAUCCCCAGCAGUCGUGUGGAAGAUUCUUGUCCAGGAAACUCAAAGACGUUACAGGCUGGAGGAGGUGUGCAUGAGCCGCCAUCCUUCCUGCAGCUGGAGUUUACCUCAUUCCACGCCGGCCUGGCUCAUAUGACUGCCAACGGAAAUGUGAUGGUCAGUGAACACGCCAUCAUUAUUCCUCUGAAAGGAGCAGAAGAUGCGGAGGAUGCAGAGGUGACAGUGGUGGCGUCUCAGGUCCGGGGUUACGGGCUCUGGGACGGAGGCGUUGCUCGGGGUGGGUCUCUGCUGGCUGCUUGGGAGGGUCCAGCCCCCUCCCUGCUGUUCCUGUGGGUGUCAGACGCCCAGGCCAACCUGCUGCACAAAGAGCUUUGUAGCAUCCAGACCGGCAUGUCUGCCUCAGGUCCAUGCUCCUGCCUCCUGCUGGUGCUAAAGGAGCAGCUGCCUGAGCUCCAGGCUGCUCUGCUGGCCUCCGUGCUGGAUAUGGACGGAUACCAGAUUGGACGCGCAACCUCUACUGGGCCAACCUCCCCAAUAGACUGGACCGAUGGCCUGCUGCUUUUUCACAGCUGUCCUCCCCCGCUGGACCAGCACUUACUCAAACUGCUGGGCCACACCGCAGAGCAGUCCAGUCUGGUGAGAAGCAGCUGUAGAAUGUCUGGCCUGCAGCAGCGUUGCUCCAGGUUAAUCCAGUAUCCUGCACCCCCCUGUAAAGGCCGAAUCACCGUGACGAAGGAGGACCUGGCCUGUCUAAACAGUGGCCAGUUUCUCAAUGACGUCAUCAUCGACUUCUACCUCAAGUAUCUAAUCCUGGAGGGAGUCCGAGGUUCUGUGGCCGAGCGGAGUCACGUCUUCAGUAGCUUCUUUUAUAAACAGCUGAGCAGACGCAGAGCCGCUGGAGAAGACGGUUCCCCCUCUGUCCCUGAUCGUUACACACGACAUCAAAGGGUGAAGACGUGGACCCGCAAUGUUGACAUUUUCUCCAAAGAUUUUCUCUUUGUGCCUGUCAAUCAAGAAGCUCACUGGUUCCUGGUGGUGGUUUGUUUCCCGGGUCUGGAGGACGUUCAGUACAAGGAGUUUCAGAGACACCCAGGGGGAUCACAGCAGGAAGCAGGAAAAACAUCAACCUUCAGUUUAAGAUCACAACAGUUGCCGCAGUGCACUCAGCAGGGCUGCCAGAGGGACUCGGUGUUACAGAGGCCGUGCAUCCUGGUCAUGGACUCACUGAAAAUGUCGUACCACGAGAACGUCUGCAGACUCCUUAGAGACUACCUGCAGGUGGAGUGGGCCGUCCGCAGGGGCACUCCUCGCCUCAUCACGCCAGACAACAUGAGGAUCUCCAAGUGCAGAGUCCCUCUGCAGGACAACAGCAGCGACUGUGGCCUGUACUUGCUGCAGUACGCAGAGAGCUUUCUGCAGAACCCCAUCGUGCACUUUGACCUCCCUUUAUCUUUGGAUGCCUGGUUUCCUCGGCAGCAUGUGCGACAAAAACGAGAGGAGAUCCGAAGUCUGAUAAUGAGGAUGCACCAGAGUCAGCGACAUGAACAAAGCUGAGACCAAAACGAAGCCUUAACUGAGCCAUUAAUUCACCAGUGCAAUGGACUAUUUAUAUUUUUGUACUUUGAUAGAAUUUCCUUUUGGAUUCUACUGUUAUUACUAGCGUUCUUGUUCUAGCUUAUUAUUUAAUGAUAAAAUGUAACGUACCUGUAUUUUUUUCACUUUCUUCUUGUUCUGUAGAAUAAAUUGUUUUGAUUUUGUGUUUCUGGAA